AUGAAGAAUCAUCAAGGGUUUCUUGAUUUCUUUGGAGAACUGUAUUCCCUCAAUCCUAGAAAUAAUGAGUUUGUAAUUUUCUAGAUUUCAUUGUUUAAUUAUGAGCAAUCUAAGACAGGAAAUUUUUUCCUGAUGAACAAUCCAAGGACUUAUGCAGUUUUGACUUACCUCACAUAGUUGUAAGCGAUCAAGUAAGAGACAGAAGAAUCAACAAAAGAAGAAUUAUACGGUCUAGCCAAAUAAUCUCAAGAUAGAAAUAAGCAAAAAGACAUGGUUUAUACUGAAAUACUUAUGGACAAGAUGAUCGAUAAUCCCCGAAUUUCAAGUAAGGAUGUGGUCAAAUAUUUAGAGCACUAAAAACUUAGAAUUUCUGAUUUCAAUUAUGUUGCUGCAAGUCUUAUAUAAAAGAUUCAGCCAGUUAAAUCUUCACUCUUAAAAAAAAAGUAUCUUAAGAGACUUUUUGAUAAGACACCUUGGUGCUUAGUAACAAUGAAAACGUUGUGCAGAUAAUAUAGCAAGAAAAUGAAAGAAAAACCAGCAAAUAUUCUUCAAAUGUUUAGCGUAUUGAUUAAAUACCUUGAGUAUAAAGAUGAUGGUGGUCAUUUGGAAUAAUGGCAUUUUUUGUAAAGUAAGAAUACUCUUGAUACUUGGGAGAGAGUAAUUUUAGGUGCCAAUCUUUUAAAGUAAAUACAAACAGUUGUUUAUAGUAAGAGGGAUGAAUUGGAAAUUUUUGAAUAGGAAUUAGAAAAGUUAAAGAGUAAUGAAAAUUAUGGAAAUAAACUCAGAUAAAAUAGAGAAAAUUGA